CAAUCAAAAAGAAUGAAACCUUGCCAUUUGCAACUACAUGGAUGGAGCUAGAGGGUGUUAUGCUAAGCAAAAUUAGAGAAAGACAGGAUUUUGGAAGACUAUUGCCCAGAAGAAAAGAUGUUUGGUUUUCACAAGCCAAAGAUGUACCAAAGUAUAGAGGGCUGCUGUAUUUGCAGAGCUAAGUCCUCCAGUUCUCGAUUCACCGAGAGUAAACGCUAUGAAAAGGACUUCCAGAGCUCUUUUGGGUCGCGUGAGACUGGUUCAGGAGACAUCUGUAAUGCCUGUGUCCUGCUUGUGAAAAGAUGGAAGAAAUUGCCAGCAGGAUCACAAAAAAACUGGAAGCAUGUGGUAGAUGCAAGGGCAGGACCCAGUCUGAAGACAACAUUGAAACCAAAGAAAGUGAAAACUUUAUCUGGAAACAUGAUAAAAAGCAACCAAAUCAGUAAACUACAGAAGGAAUUCAAACAUCACCAUUCUGAUGCUCACAGUACCACCUCAAGUGCCUCCCCAGCUCAGUCUCCUUGUUAUAGUAACCAGUCAGAUGAUGGCUCAGAUACAGAGAUGGCUUCUGGCUCUAACAGAACGCCAGUUUUUUCCUUUUUAGAUCUCACAUACUGGAAAAGACAGAAAAUACGUUGUGGGAUGAUCUAUAAAGGCCGUUUUGGAGAAGUUCUCAUUGACACACAUCUAUUCAAGCCUUGCUGCAACAAUAAGAAAGCAGCUGCUGAGAAGCUGGAGGAGCAGGGGCCAGAGCCUCUGCCCAUCUCCACUCAGGAGUGGUGACUGAGGUUUAGGUAGAAGGGGAACAAAAAAACAAUUUAAAUUUUGGAAAGAAAACAAAGCAACAAAACCCUCCUAUUUUUAACUUGGAUACCUGCUAUUCUGCCAAAAGACACUUUCUAGAAUA